AUGCUGAAUCAUACCGAGCAUAAAACUCAACCGAAUUUGACAUUUGGUCACAGGCCAUUGCAGCACACGAUAUCCGUCCACGUUUUGAUCCUGCGCGCGUGCCAUUCGGUGAACGCCGCGUUCGGACUGCUGAUUCCAUUGUACUUGUUGUUGAGCGUGGCUCUGUCGCUACUGAGUACAGUGGCGCUGGUUCAGUCCGGCCGGGAAGCGGAUCCUUUCGCCCUGCUGUGCUUCCCCCUGCUCUUCAUCUUCUUCGUGCCCAUGUGCCUGGCCGGGCAGCGUGUGCAGGACGCGAGCCGGGGAGUUUCGUUCGCUACAUUUUCUGGCCCGUGGCUCGUGGAGAACCCACGCACACGCCGCACCCGGUUGAUGAUCAUGACGUCAUGCGCGCGACCGGCGAGCUUCUCGAUGCCGGGCGUGGGAACUUUGAAUCGCCCCACCUGCCGCAAGGGGUUGCGGUCUUGGUUCCAGUUCGUGCAGGUCCUGCUCAACUUGAAAAUGCAUUAG